AUGCUUGCUUUGUGCACAAUUCUUAUGGUCCUCGAUCUGGCUCUCGGUGGAGCAUCUGAUGAAGUAACAUGUCCUGACGUAAGUUCGGUAGACCAAAAAACCGAACUGUUCAAUGAGUUAGUGCGUGCUCGUUAUAAAGUCAAACUCAAUGGAUCGAUGUCGACUGUUACGGAUACGAUGAAAGAUGCGAUUUUGCAGACUUAUCUCGGCAACCUAGCAAAAGUUGCGAAAGGGUUCAGAGUAGACGGAUUGAACUGCAACAUAAAACGCUGUGUUCUCGGGAUUCGAACUAAAAAACGUCCGAUAUCCGAAUUCGUCGCUGAAUACUUGAGUGCGCUCAGGAAACACAAGACAGGUAUGAGAGUACAUCUGGCCUCCAUGCGUAAGGUCGGCUGCACGUGCCUCUCUGGAAAUCGCUUCGUGUGCGCUUUCAGGCGCGCCGCCAGAUCGACCUAA